UAGACAGACAGACAGACUAAACAGCAGACGAUUUAGACAUGUCCACUUCAGAGGAAGAGUGUCCUGUAUGCAGGGAAAACAUACAGAAUCCUUCUCAACCAUCUCCAUGCUGUGGAAAAGUAAUUUGCCAGCGAUGCCUCAGUCAGUCUUUUCGAUACAGGGCUCAUUGUCCACACUGCAGAAGCUCAGUAGACAACCGUGAUUAUGCAAAUAAUCCAUUCCUACCUCCUGGUAGGAGGAGGCAUCUGCACCCAAUCCUGCCAGGGGAUUUUAAUUCAAGAAGACCUGUUGGUGCAAACAUACAUACCCUCCUCGGCCAACUUCGAGAUUCACUGGGACAACAGGCAGACACUGCUGCUCAAGCCAGUCCACCCAAUCAGGCUGCAGUGCCACCCACCCCACAGAAUCAAGCCCCUUCCCCUUUAAUUUCCUCUGCACGGCCCGUUCCUAUGCCUCGGAUCAGAGCUCCACUUGCAAAUUUAAUUGCUGCCCCACAACCUGCACCCAUUACUGUUGCCCCAAGUGGUCUUAUCCAAGUCCUCCCGCCACCUGCCCCAGCUCCACUGCCGCUAAACCCCGCCCUGUCCCAGGAUAAUGGGCAGGCUGCAAUGGAUGAAUGGCCAUGGCAAACGGAGAUCACUCUAAUGGAGAUUAAUCCACAACCACAGGGUUUAACUGUGAGGACUUUUGUGUGUCCGUACUGCCAGGAGAAUGGACUGGAUGAACUCGAUCUACGUGAUCACUGCAAUGAACAUCAUGCCAAUGACAGCAAACGAGUGGUGUGUCCAGUGUGUGUGCAGACGCCCCAUGGUGAUCCACAGUACUACAGCCGCAACUUCAUUGGCCACCUCAACCUGCGCCACUGCUACUACCUGGACGAUAUAACUAAUCUCAACCAGACUGAUGAGAUGAACGUUCAGUGUGCAAUUCUAGCAUCAUAUAGGGACAGUUUUUAAACCUCAUUUUCAAAAAGAUGACAACACAGUUCUCAGGUGUUUUUCUGGACAACAUCUUAAAAAAUGCUUGGGAAGAAGAUUCUGAACCACAACGACAUAAACUAUUGAGAAAUCAGUCAAAGAAAUGGUAUAUUGAGGAUGUGAUAUUGAUGUAUUUUACCAAAUGUAUG